CACCCGCACCAUCGCCAACGCCGCCGCCGCCGCCGCUCUGAAUCGCUCCGUUUCGCCCAGCAGCAUGAAGUCGGACACUGAGCCCAAGCUGGCAUCGAACCCUCCAAGCCAAGGCUCCGCGAACGACCCAGGUGUCACGGGGCGCGACGAUGACGUGUGCCGUGAACGUCACUCGGAGGGCCACGUCUGCACCAAGCGCCACAAUGCGCUGCACACCUCAGAGCAAUACGACGCGUUUUUCGAGACGUCGGACGAGGGCUUCAUUCCUUCCAGGGAAAUGGCGCCCAUCUCCGAAUUCUACCCGAGCACAGUGCAGCGGGAGUUCACCACCGCGGAAACGGUAGUGCCCACAACCAAAUCGCAACUUACUGGUCCAGUCGUGCGGCCCAUUCUGGAGACAAGAAAACACCGCUUCAGAAACCUGACGAUGGUUGUUUGCCUUGCCGUAGUGGCAUCAACUAUCGUUGUUUCCGCGUUUGUCGCAUUCUACGUUUCGAAGCGCAGUCCACUCCGUCUGCUGGCAGAAUGCAGAAGUCCAGCUUGCUUGAAAUACGAGGCCCUGGUCUCCGAUCUUCUAAACGCGAGCGUAGCCCCCUGCGAAGACUUCUACGCCCACGUGUGUGGAUCUUGGAGUUCUGAUCCCAACAAGCUCAGCGUGUCAGAUGCAGCCCUGACAGCUUACCAGAGAAGCCUAAGUCGACAAGCCUUGCUCCAGUCAGUACCUCCGUCAGGUCAGACGGCCGAGCAAAAGGCGACCAAGAUGUUUACGGCUUGCUAUAAUGUCAUCGACAAGAACGUCAGCUAUGUGGAGUCGAUACGAAGAGUGAUGGAAGACGCGGGCCUGCCGUGGCCGCAUGUCGAUUCCCGCUCAGGCCUCUUGCAUUCGAUAUUCGCCAUGUCGACUUGGCCUAUUCCAGUUCUUUUUCGAAUUGCCUUCACACGCUCGGUUAACGAAGGCAGCCGCCUGAUAAUCAGGUCUAUAACACUUGGCGUUUUCGCAGACCACAUAUGGAGGAAGAAAGACGCGCAGCAGAGGGAAGAGUACUUUUCCGUCUUCAAGAAAUACUUUGAGAAAGGAAAGUACAGGAAGAGCAUCACCUAUAACGAGACAAUGUCUCUGGAAAAGAGCGUGAUUCCAGUGCUUGGAAGGUCCCUCGUCGGAAGACUUCAAGUCCUUCAAACCCACACAAACCAAUUGAACAUUACGGCGCCCUCCAUUCCACUGGCAGAGUGGCAAGGUGAGCUGCGAAAUCGAUUCAACAUCUCUGCCGCUAAUGUAACAAUCUACGGAAUCCGAUUCUUCGAAGCAUUCUUCGAGUUGCAUAAGACGCUCGGUGAACGUGCGCUGAAACAAUACUUCGGGUGGUUUGUGGCGGAAGCCUUUUUGCCCUACACAAAUUCUCACAUUCUUCGCGAGUUUCACGGGAGUGAAGACAAAGCGAUGGACGAGCAGAUAAAAUUCUGUCUUGGGUUCGCUGGCGCCACCGGUUACGCGCUUGACGCGAACUACUUGAAGAGCACCACCGACGCGAAAUUGCUUGACCAGGCGACCCACACGGGAGCAAGGAUCAAGGAUGCCUUCUACGAGACGGUCAGGAGAAACACUUGGUUCGAGGAGCGCCUCGUUACUUCGCUGGAGGUGGACCGCGCCGAGAUAUUACUCGACAUGCUAGGCAAGUCCGAGGCGAAUAAGUGGCUGCCUGACAUGACCGACGACGCGAUCAAAAACCUCGCGACGUUGUCUUCGCUAGGGUCAGGUGCCUCUGGGAACGGCUCCCCUUCACUCUCAAAAACCAUGGUCAUCGACCUGUCCGAGCAGGGUCCCUUCAUCCCGGAGGAUGCCGCGAAUCCGCCGCUGGCUCUGGCGCCGUAUCAUUUCUCCUUUCCAUUCCUCACGGUGGAUGCACCCGCACCCGCCAUCUACGCUGGACUCGGCUUCGUGCUAGCACGGCUUCUGUUCCAGGAUCUGUUUGCCGGCCAGCAGCACUGGAAGAACGCGACGCUGGACAAACUGCACGAGCGCAUGGCAUGCGUUUACGCUGCCGACGAGACGGCUAUCCCGGACCGAGGCACCAGGGACGACGUUGUCGUGGCGACGGCGGCCGUUAGCACUCUGUGGCGCGCGUUCCUGUCUGCUGCUACGGUGCCAGAGUCGAAUGUUUCGGUUUCAGCGCUCGAUCUCGAGCCGCAGUUGCCGAAGCUUUCCGAGCGGCAGCUCUUUUUCGCGCUCCUGUGCCACAGCACGUGCGGUGAUCCAGCUGGAGCACUGCGGUGCAACGUGCCACUUAGGAACAGCGAGGCCUUUGUCCAGACUUUCUCAUGCCAGCCGGGAAGCCCCAUGCACACGACUCGCAUGUGUCCGGUCUUCAGUUGAAGUCAACGCGAAAAAAGGAGCGAGCUAGCACCUGCGGCGCGCACUGGAUGUUGGGCGUCAUCUUUUUACAACGGAGGUGCUUGUGAAUAGGUACACACGCCGCCCGGGUUUAUGACAACUGCAGAGAUCGCGUGGCACGCAGCAUGAGCUUUCAUACUAAAUUUUGGGCGUCAUUGUCCAGUAUGCCGCAUAAAAAGUGCAGUUUAAAAUUUAA